AUAUUACAAAUCUAUAAUCUUUUUCCCGAGGAAUAAAGGAUUAUAAACAAAAGCAUGUAUAUUAUACAUACAUCAUCUAAGUAUUAUACUAAGAUGCUCGUACAAAGUGAGCAUUGGAUCUAAACAUUACCCUAAUUUACAGCUCAGCUCACGUUUUGAUGUCUCGUUAUUUAUUUUGGGGGUCUCUUUUAUGUUAUUCUCACACAUUAAACCUUGUAGAUGAAACUACUUGGAUGCUAUUUUUUUAAUUUAAAGAUAAAAAAUUUGACAAAAAAGUUAUAUAGAAAUUCAAGGAUAUCAAAAUAUUUCUAGUGUAAUAACAUAUGGACAUAUCUUUUUUUGUGUGUUUUAAAUGGCCAAUUACAAAAGAUUGAAUAUGAUUCUUUAGGUUUAACUUUAAACCAAAACCGACAUGAUCUCUAACAAUACGGUUUAUACUGUCACUUUUGCUAAAACUCUUACUUUAAUUGUAAGCAAUUUGCUGGAUUAUUCACCUCAAAAGCGUGAAAGCAUAAACUAAAAAUCUCUUUCUUUAAAAGAAAAUUCAUGACUGAUCACUCGCUCAUCAUUUAUAUACAAAAGAUUUGUAGAAGAAUUCUCACUCAGAAAAAAAAACCAAACAACAUGGCUAAAGCAUGGAUGUGCCUUUGCUUCCUCAUCUUCUUCUACCUCUCGUCAGAAAGAAACUUUAUCAAAGUCAACGCAGAGACGAAGACAUGGUGUGUGGCUAAACCAUCUUCGGAUCAAGCAGCACUUCUAGAUAACAUAAACUACGCAUGUUCUCAUGUGGAUUGUCGCGUUCUUUCGAGUGGAUGUCCAUGUUACUCCCCCGGUAAUCUCAUAAACCAUGCUUCUGUCGCCAUGAAUCUGUAUUACCAAGCUAAUGGAAGAAACUAUUGGAACUGCAAUUUCAAGAACUCUGGACUCAUUGUCAUAACUAAUCCCAGCUAUGGAAACUGCUACUAUGAUUACAAAUGAGCAAAAACCAUAUGACUUCCUACGUCUUUGUUACAAGAAAUCAAAGGAGCUUGUUUACGAGUUUUAAUCUUAAUAUCCAGAGUUUAAAUUUUUGAUAUUUCAAACUGUUAAAUGUUUAGUUCUUGAAAGUUUAUCAGAAUGCCAGUACACUUAACCA